AUGGAGGAGACUGAUAAGAAGUACUGGAAUAAACAGAUAAAGGGCAUGCUUGGGCCAUGCAUGAUCACAUUCGCAAUUCCAUUGACAGUGCCGGGAUUAACAAUAACGCUUGUAGCAUUUAGUGAAGAUACAACAUUUGAAACCUACGGUGUUCUUCAUAUCGUCGGAAUUUUGUUCCUCGCAACAGCUAUAAUUUUACUAAUACUUGGAUGUAUGUUGCGAAUCCUAUGGAAACCUUUUAUUGGACCAGAUGUUGAAAUGCAUUUAACACCAUUACAGUCCGUAACAAGUUUACGAAAACAUAGAAAAGAAUAUCAGCAAGCGAAAAUAAACAAUAUUUAUACUGGUGCAAGAGUCGGACCUGAGCAACAGGGACCGCGGAAUGAAUCUAGAUUCCAAGAGACUUAUCCGACUGGAGGACAAGCUGUUCUAGGUGGGCAAAUGACAGGGAAAACUGCCAAACAAACCCAGGAGACAACUCAGAAAUCAGAUUUGCAAAAUAGAUCUUGUGAUACCGACAAUAGACGGAGAUCAAGAGAUUCUAUUAGGAAAAAGAGGCGAUCGUCUAGAUCUUCCAUUGUACAAGAAGAUUCGUCACUAGAAGGAACAGGGAGUGAAUCCGAGUCAGCCAUGUGUAUGAAAAAACACACCAGGCAAAGCUCGGUUGGUUCCCAGAAGAGGGAAGGAAGAAGACAUUCCAAUGAAGGAAAGGCGGAUGAGGCAUAUCCACAGGAAAGGUCGAAAUCACAUAGACGUGCAGCAACGCCACCUAGCGGAGAAACAUGUCUUGAUGAUAUUCAACAAUGGCGCCAGAGAAAGAAAACCAAACAAAAAUCAAAAACGCAAGUGGGAGACUCGGGUGUUAUCAACGCAGGCAGUGACUGUAACGAUACAAUCACCUCCAGACCUCUGCCAAAAUUUCAACUGAAUGAACGGCCAUUGUCUUCAAAUCUAGAGAAUGGCAGUUCAACGGGCGAAGAAACCAACUCUGGCCAAUCCGCUCGCUCGCCCCGUCAAAGUUUACUUCAGCAUGACGAUUCUUUAGACAGGAAGAAACGACGAAAGAAGAAACGUACAUCAAAAUCUGUGAAAACUGACUCCAUAGGUGAUCCUCCCAAACCCACACGGGUGCUGCCACCUGUGCUGAGAAGUCGUCACCUGUCUCAAAGUGAUGGUGAACACCCAUUAAAAGACUUAUCCCAACAAAGGUCAUGUUCUAGUGACUCCAUCAACAGUAUAGGAUCAGCAGAUUCUGUGUUGGCUCAGUACACCUCCAGAAACCCAGACGUGUAG